CAGCUUUCUUUUGCUGCACCCUCGCGUCGCCAAGUUUGUCAAGUUGAAUCUCAACGUCAAUUCCAGGUGCGAUUACUGUUUGGAUCAUCCCGGACAUCUCAACAACCAUUGGUAGUGCUUCUCGGCUCACUACCUCCUCUGUCUGGCACCCGCCCCGUUACUACCGUCGGUCUCGCCUCUUCAAGCGCAUGGUUUACAUUGUUCUCGAAGACAGCAAGCCCCUGUUGAGAAAAGACGCUGCCGCUGCUCCAACACAUUUUCUUAGACCAUCAGUUUAAAUAGACUUCCAGAAUGGUCCGCGGCAUAGUCGUUCUCGCCGGAAACUCCCACCCACAACUCGCAGAGGACAUAUGCAACUUUUUAGGCAUUGCACCAUCAAAUCGCAUCUUGACCAAGUUCUCGGCUGGAGAGAGUCGAUGUGAAAUUCAAGACUCGGUCCGUGGCAAGGAUGUCUUCAUCAUUCAGACCGGAGGUGGCGCGGCAAACGACCAUUUUGUCGAUGCGUGUGUCAUGAUAUCUGCCUGCAAGACGGGUUCUGCGAAGAGGGUAACUGUGGUGACUCCGCUGUUUCCCUACUCGCGUCAACCGGACCUGCCGUACAAGAAAACGGGAUCCCCACUGUCUCGGACCGUUCCCAAGGAUAAGUACACAUUCGAGAGCGUGCCUCCUACUCCAGGUCCCGGCAUACCUAAGAGCGCCGGCCUUAGUAACGGUACCGACCUCAGCAGGAUGUUGAGCAAGACUGUCCUUGGAAUCCCACGCACAAAUGGCGACCUUGGAGAUACGACUGGGACCAACAGCAUACAGCAUUCGCGCUCUACAACAUCAGAGACUGCGAACUUCACCACUCACGAUUACGUGAACGUUGAUCCAUCAGUUGUCAACACCUUCGAGGCAAAGCCAGGCUACAAACGAUGGGUUGCCCAAGCUGGAACUCUGGUAGCCGACCUGCUGACUUGCGCUGGUGCCGAUCACGUCGUUGCGCUUGAUCUUCAUGAUGCACAGUAUCAGGGCUUCUUCGACAUACCCAUGGACAAUCUGUAUGGACGCCCAUUACUGAAGAAAUACAUACAGAAGAACAUCCCUGACUACAAAAAUGCUGUCAUUGUCAGUCCUGAUGCUGGAGGCGCGAAGAGAGCAACUGCCAUCGCUGAUAGCCUAGAGAUGGACUUUGCCCUGAUUCACAAGGAACGCCGCCCAGUAAAGAUCACCGAUCGUCAAAAUGCGACCAUGAUGCUGGUGGGAGAAGUUAAAAAUCGCGUGUGCAUAUUGAUUGAUGACUUGGCUGAUACGGCAAACACCAUCACCCGCGCAGCGAAGCUGCUGAAACGCGAAGGUGCUGCGGCUAUCUACUGCCUCUUGUCUCACGGCAUCUUCAGUGGAGACGCCCUCACUCGUAUUAAUGUUUCUGCAAUCGACAAGAUCAUCGUGACCAACUCGGUACCGCAGGAGAGAAACCAGGUGAUUUGUUCGAAGUUGCAAGUCCUGGAUGUAGCUCCCAUCUUUGCUGAAGCUAUACGACGAAUUCACCAUGGAGAAUCCUUGAGCAGCCUAUUCCAGCAUGGCUAAACGAGUGGCAUGGUCUCCGCACGGUUGAGAAAGGGGAUAGAUCAUACAUCAAGAGGAGCUAUGCGUCGUAACAUCAUUGCGCAAGACUUGCAGAGCUAGAGUAUAUAUUUACUUUUAAUGUAUGUAAGACGAAUUAGAGAACCAGCCCAGAUAAGCUGGUGAUUGUAAUGAAGCCAGAACAAAGGUCCCUUACACGGGUUCAGAUUCCGACUAGCUUAUCCAGUCACUCAUGUCCCCAUAAUGGCAAGGGGGAAGUAAUAAAACCUUCAUCAGUCUACC